AUGGGUUCAUUUUCUGAUUUCGGACAGCAUCAGCUUAUUAGAUUCAAUGAGGAUAAUUCUUUGAAACUCUCAAUUCCUUCAAAUCAUUUCUCGCAGACCCAAUAUGUUCAUACCGGAAUCAAAGAAGCCACCAAUUCAACACGUUUGUGUGAUGAAUUCGAGAAAGAAGAGGCCUGUGUGAGAAGGAAUUUGACGGCAUCAAAGAUAAUGAUAGCGAAUGAAAGUAAUUGGCAAUUAACAUCAGCUCCUUUGGGUCAACGAUCUCCAAUGUAUUGCCAGUCAGAGUACUACAGUUUCGAUGGAAACGGCUAUUGUCGGAGUGAUUUCACUCCGUUUAUCAAAGGAACUUAUAUGGCAUGCCAUAAGGCUGUUAACAUGUGGAGAAAUUAUUUUGCCGCGAGCGGAGUUUGCGAAUACCACAUAGGAAAAAAUACAUCGUUAGCCGAAGACGGCUGGAAUUACCAUCUCGGUAUCAUAUACUUCCCCGAUAGAAGGAUUUUUUUUCGGGAAACCAAAACAGUCUGGGAAGAUACUUUCGACUUCUAUUUUUCGUUAUGGGAUAAGACCUAUUCGCCUGGACCACCAGGGCGAUGCAUAGCCCUUACGAAAAACAAGCUUCUCGUGAAUGUAGAAACACCAAGAAUUAAUAUUGCCACUCCGGGAAUGAGACCGGGGACCCAGAUCCAAGCUUUCAGCGGAGCACCUUCGGAGCAUUUAUUCUCAUUCUUACGUUCCUUCAACGAUCAAGCAAAACCAAUUAAACCUGAGUUGUGGGAUGAGGACGAGAAGAACUUCCUCUUGACAUAUCUCACGGAAACAGCAAGAGAUCGAGCCGAAGAACAAAUGGAAACCAGGACAGACACCACAUUCGAGGAACUCUGUGACUAUCUCAAGUCACGAUAUGAGGAGGUGUCACGUCAACAACUACGCAAUUGCCAGCAAAACAUCGGUGAGUCAGUAGACGAGUUUGCUUCCAGCAUCAGCAAGCUCGCAUCGGCGUCGCAUUGCAAUCAGCCGAGAGAACUGAUCACGGCCAAAGCCCUCGAAGCAUUUCUGGACGGGCUAUGUGACUAUCUCAAGUCACUUUUUUCCUGA